AUGGUAUCCUUUGUACAGCCUCCGGUCCUAUAUGGAUUUGACCCGGAGAUCCAGGAGGAUCACCCCUUCGACAAUGUCUGGUCGGCUGGAUUUGUAGCCAAAAUCUACACCAAUGAGCAACAUAACGAGGUCAGGCGAUUCAUGGCGGAUUCGAUGGCCAUGCAGGAGCUCAAGUAUGCCAACAACGUCUUCGUGCUUUUCAGGGCCCUUCGCCGGUGUGGUGAAUUCUGGGGUCAACCAGAGUUCUGGAACGCCAUGGCUAGAGGCUAUAGCACCAAACCCAGCUAUGUCAGAGAACUGGUCUACAUGCUUGUGGAUGCUCGCAAAACUGCUCUCCAAAGGAUGAGACGUGUUCAUAACUCACCCACUACUCACGUUGUCGAUGAGUUCAUUGCCUGGCUCGACCAGUACGGGCCUCAGCUUACCAGCCAGAACGCCGGCAGAUUGACGGAUCCAUUACUCUUUUCCACUGCAGCUGGUUUCUUCAACGACAUGAGAGGAACCCUAAUCAAUUGCAACAAUAUCCCAACCUUCGUCAUUGGAAAACCUCCGAGACGAACACGCAUCUUGGAGGCUCAACGGAGCCUGUCUAGUGCUUCUCCUCAAGUUCCCCUUGACUCCCAAAUGCAACCGAACCAAAUUUCGCCGACUCGCUCAAAAACGCCCCCCACAAUGCCCGUCAAGACCGAACCGCGAGGUACGGGCUGGGAGUUCCUGUUGGAACCAAACAGGAAAUCCGAGCAACAACCGGUACCGCCGCGCAAGCGCUCAGGCUCACCCUUCGCCGAAGACGACGUUCACCCGACCAAACGACACCACAGCUCCGGGCGGUACCCAGAGCAACACUCAGCGCCCCAACAUUGGCAUCCAGACAACAAUAGGUCUCCCUUACGAAAGUCUGAUAAAGAUGAGUACCAUGGAUGGCAUCAAUUUGGAGAACGUCUGCCACCACUAGGCCCGCGCUCUGAAGAGGCAUUCCUGUUCCGGCCGCCUACCGCGCCCCGUGCUCAAUCCCAGCUUGAGAGGCAGCAUGGUCACGAUCAGCAACGAUCUGAUCAACAACGGCUCAGGCAACAGCAAAUGGAGAACCAGAAACUCAGGCAGCGGCAAGUCGAAGAGGAGAGGCUCGAGGCGCAGAAGAUCAAGGAGCGUCGGCUUGAGCUGCAGAAGCUCGAACAAGAAAAGCUCAGACUUGAAAGAGAGCUUCAGGAGCACCAAGAGUUGUUGGAGAAGCAGCGGCUCGAGCAGCAGAAACUCGAUCAACAGAAGCUUCAGGAGCAAGCGAGGCCUAAAGAAUGCAGAAGUCUUGAUGAACAACAGGGAGAACGAAUCCGGCUGCUUGACGAACGGACUCAAAAGCAGGCCCAAGAACACCGGAAGCAGGCCGAAGCGCAGAAACAAGCGGUAGAAGCUAGGAAGCGCUUCGAAGAACAGAAGCGACUUGAGGAGCAGAAGAGACUUGCGGAAGAGCGCAAGAAAGCCGAAGCCCAGAAACGCUGCGAGGAGGAACGCAAACAAGCUGAAGCUCGCAAACAGGCCGAAGAAGCUCGGAAGCGAAUCGAAGAACAAAAGCGACUCGAGGAACAGAAGAAGCUCGAAGAGCAGAAGAGACUUGAAGAGCAAAAGAAGCUCGAGGAACAGAAGAGAAUUGAGGAGCAGAAGAGAAUUGAGGAGCAAAAGAAGCUCGAAGAGCAGAAGAAACUCGAGGAGCAAAAGAGAAUUGAGGAGCAGAAGAGAAUCGAGGAGCAAAAGAAGCUCGAGGAGCAGAAGAAGCUCGAAGAGCAGAAGAGACUUGAGGAAGAGCGCCAGCAAGCCCAAGCUCGGAAGCAGGCGGAAGACCAAAAGAGAUUUGAAGAGGAACGCAAACGGGCCGAAGCCGAGCAGGCCGAAGCCAAGAAAAAGGCCGAGGAAGCCCGGGUACGAAUCGAAGAACAGAAGAGACUCGAAGAGCAGAAGGCACUUGAGGAAGAGCGCAAGAGAGUCGAAACUCAAAAACAGGUAGAAGCACAGAAACGCUUCGAGGAGGAACGCAAACAAGCUGAAGAAGCUCGGAAGCGACUUGAAGAGGAACGUAAACAUGCCGAAAUCAAGAAGCGUCGUGAGGAGGAACGCAAGGAGACGGAAGCCCAGCAGCGACUCGAGCAAAAGAGGCUCGACGAGGAGCGCAAUCAAGUCGAAGCCCAGAAGCAAGCUGAGGAAGCUCGGAAGGGACUCGAAGAACAACGCAAACGCGAGGUGCACAAGCAGGUUGAUGAUCAGAGCAGAAUGAAAGUUGGCGAGCAGGAGAGACAAGAGCAAAAUUCUCAGAAGGAACGCAAACUUGAGGAGGUGCGCCACCCUGAGCGUACUGAUGACAGCAAGAGCAUCGCACAUCUUUCCAGCUCGACCAUAGCAACCGUUCAACCUUCGGCCGCUUCGUUCUUUCUUUCCGGAUCCAACCUGAGAAUGCGGGUAGAAGAAGCCAAUAAGAAGAGUCCGAAGUUGCAUCGGUACAGAUCCCAGGCUAAUCAAGCAAGGAGUCCUUACACUACAACUCGUGACCAUCUCUUACUGUGGAAUGGGCGCUUGGUAGUGCCCGAGAGUACGCUGCAGAUGAACAUCAUGUCUGACUGUCACCGCGGGCCCGGCGGUGUACAUUACCCAAGAAAACGCACUAAGAAGGCGCUUUUUACAAAGUUCUACUGGCCCAGUAGGGGCGAGGACCUGGAGCGCUUUCUCGCCAAUUGCCCUGAAUGCCGACUUCGCCCAGAGGUCCAAGAUCAGCCACACGAAAGGAAAGAGAAAAAGCCUGAGUUGAACGGCUCGGCCUCUACAACUCAGUCAUUUGCUCCCAACAAGCAGGAGCAGCAGCGCGAUGAUUCUAGGACUGCCGAUAACACAGGCCCACCGGAGUGCAGUGGCACUUUGCUCAGCACAACCAACCCCCCUGCAGCUUCUCACCAUUCCGACGCCGUUGUUCCGGCCCCAUUUGUCUCAGAAAGGGCCGACAUUCCCGGACUGCGACCUUCACCCCAUCCGUCUGUCGUGUCCUCAGACGAAGAAGUUGCCGGGUGGAAAGAGAUGGUUUCCACACUCGAGAAGAAACUGGCGGAUACUGAAGGGCAGCUUAAGGCGGCUGCCGUGAUUCGGCCGCUUGAACGAAGCAUUAGCAAGUUCCAGUCGGAUGUUAGCGGUCUCCAUGGAGAUAUGAGCACCCUCUUCGACUCAUUCCAGGUUAUGGUGGACAGAAUGGCCUUCGUACAGGACGACAUCAUGUGCAUCAAGGAGAAUUUUCAAAGCAAAGAGCGGCAACACAAUGGCAUUGCAGAGUUCUCCGUUUCCGUAGAGGAUGUUAAGACGAGCGUCGCACUGGUGCUCAGCGAAAUUUCCGACCUCCGUCUGCAGCACCAGCAGCUGGAAAAGAGGGUUGCGGCAACACCUCUUAGGACUGCUCCGUCUAGGGACUCGGAAGCGCUAAUGAAUGCCCUGGCUACCAUCUCGCAAAAGGUCGACGCUUUAAACAACGAAGUGUCCGAUCUGAGAAAGGAAGGCCAAGCGCAACGGGAAAUUGCCCCUACGCCUGCCACGAACACUGGCGACCUCAAAGAUAUCAUGGGUGUCGUAAAGACGAUUUCUGAUAAUGUCGACCAGCUCAAGAAUGAAGUGAUGGACUUGAAGGAGGAGCGUGCUCGGAUGAAUGACACAGCCGACUCAUCAGCAAGCAUCAGCGUUUCCGUCGACGCCGAGCUUAUCAAAGCACUGUUCGGGGAACAGAAAGCUCUGAUUCAGAGUCAGAGCCAAAAACUGGACAGAAUGGCGAAGGAGAUAUCGAGUUUACAAGCUCAGGUGUAUGCUUCUGGUAGGACUCAGCCCCAGCCGAAGAGCUUGAAGCAGGCCAUGGCGGCUGCAGAAAAAGACUUGCAGCACCAUCUCAUUACGAUGCAGAAUUAUCGGAACAAGAUGGCCGAGCGAGGGAACCCUCCAUCGACGGUCGUAGCGAACAUGGCCGAUAUGUGUCAGACGUUGGAAGAGUGCAUCCAGUAUUCCAAGACCGGACAAAAGUAACGGGACCUGCAUUACUUGGCGAAAUCGAAAUUACGAUGCUGUGAGGUCCCGUUGGCAUUUUUUUUUACUGGAGGAGUGAAUGAUCAGUACAUAUUUUCACGCUGGAUUCUCACCGCCGGCAGCUGACUUAAGCAUUGAUAUGCGUUCAGGCAUCUCCAGGAAGCUGGCUGGGGCUGUUCGGACGGCUCUUUUUCACGGCCAAGACGAAGUACAGUGUGCAAGGAAACUGAACAACAUUUAAUGGGCAGCUACAGGUCUCGGUGCUAUUAUGAUGACGCCCUUACAGUAUGCACGGAGACGCUGGUCUAUGGUCUGCCGACCAUGUUACGAACAUGUUUAGAGGCGGCCAUGAAGACAUCAUGAAAUUACCAUACUAGAUCUUGAACGCCAUCAUCUUGGAAGGCCGUAACUAGCUUAACAGAGCCAUAAGUGGACCAGACAAGUGGUAUAUCACACCUAGUUACCAAUGGACGAC